CCCCGCAGACUGGACGCGCCGGGGCGGGCGGGCGCAGGGCGCCCGGAGCAGCGCUGGAGGGGCCGCCGGGAAGCCGCGCCGCCGCGCCGGGGCUGCUGGAGUGCGGUCGCUGCCGGUACCUGCGCACGGCCAGGGCCUGCUGCCAGAUGGUGGAAGCGCUGCUCGCCGUGCUGAUCCUGGUCUGCAGCUCCGUGUCCUGCGGCCCGACGGGAGGUUACACGGGCCUGCCCAGCCUGGGCGGCAUCUACUACUACCAGUACGGCGGGGCUUACAGCGGCUUCAGCGGCGCCGACGGGGACCGGGCCCGGCAGCUGGACCAGCGCUUCCAGCUGCUGAAGUUACCAUGGCGUUUCCCAGCAUGGCUGCUACUUGAAUGCAUCCUGGACAUAAUGGUUGCAAUUGGCAUCGUGCCUGCUCUCUACUAUUUCUUCCAUUUUCUGCUGGAGGUUUAUAAUUCAUCAGUGUGCAAAGAGAGAGAGCAGCUUUAUCAAAGCAAAGGCUACCAGGGCUUCAGGUGCAGCCUGCACGGGGCAGAGAUCGCUGCCGGCCUCUCGGGCUGCGUGGCCGUCCUGGCGUACCUGCUGAGCGGAGGCCUGGCUGUCUGGGGCUACAGGACAGUUCACAAACUGAAACAGAAGCCAGAACAAUUAUAUGAGCUUUAGAAUGAUUCCUCCACUCCACUAAUGGUAAAGAUUUUUCCUUGCUCCUGGGCAGCGCAUCCUUAGUGCUGCAGCAGAACACACAUUGAACGCAGCUCUAAAUACGUCAGAGUCAAGCUGUUCCUAACUUGAGUUUGCAUUACUGAAUUAGUAGUAGACACAAAGUUAGUCCAAUGGCUUGUCUUCAUCUGCUGGCGCCCUCUUAGCAGAGGACUGUCCUCAUGGAGCUGAGCAGCAAACUGCCUGCAUCCCACGCAGCCUUGCGCACAGCAUCUCACCUCUGCCAUGUCUUGUUCUCCUCCAAGGAGAUCCUGCUACGAGUGCUGCUGUUACACACGCUGCUGAUGAACAGCUUUAUGUAGCUCUUUGCAAAGGGCAUGUGGCUGCUCAUGGAGAACAGAGCUCUGAAAAAUGAGGGACUGAGGCCCAUGGUUGUGGCAGCUCAUUAUUGCUUUCUUGUAGGUCUCUUAGAACUAAUGGGGCAGUUUGAAUGUGGCAUUUAUAGAGCUGUCAGAGAAUCCUGAAAUAAACUUGCAAAAUGAUGAAUACACUCA